CUGACCUGUCUGCUUAUCUGUGCAAGCAAAGCAAAACGAUCACCUGUGUGAGUCGAGUAUACAUAGAGAAUCUGUAUCUAUCGAUUGCAGAGCAAGGGUUUGUGUUUGUGUUUGUGUUUGUGUUUGUUUGAGCACGGAGGAGAGAGAAAGUGGGAGGUUUGCGAUGGAGAGUACUCUCAAGGACAACACCGUCGCCGGCGGCGUUGAGGACAUGUACGGUGAGGAUCGGGCCACCGAGGAGCAGCUCGUUACCCCCUGGACUAUCUCUGUUGCCAGUGGGUAUUCUUUAUUAAGGGACCCACACCACAACAAAGGGCUUGCAUUCACUGAGAAGGAGAGGGAUGCUCAUUACCUGCGUGGUCUGCUUCCACCAGUGAUGAUGAGUCAAAAGCUUCAGGAGAAGAAACUGAUGGAAAAUAUUCGCCAAUAUCAAGUUCCACUGCAGAAGUACAUGGCCAUGAUGGACCUUGAGGAGAGGAAUGAGAGGCUAUUUUACAAGCUUCUUAUUGAUAAUGUUGAGGAACUUCUUCCUGUUGUCUACACUCCAACUGUUGGCGAGGCUUGCCAGAAGUACGGGAGCAUUUUUAAGCGCCCUCAGGGUCUUUAUAUUAGCUUGAAAGAGAAAGGAAAGAUUCUUGAGGUGUUGAAAAACUGGCCUGAAAAGAGCAUUCAAGUUAUUGUCGUGACUGAUGGUGAGCGAAUUUUGGGACUUGGGGAUCUUGGCUGCCAGGGGAUGGGGAUACCUGUUGGAAAACUGGCUCUGUAUACAGCACUUGGCGGAGUUAGACCUUCUUCGUGUUUGCCCGUAACCAUUGAUGUGGGGACAAACAAUGAGCAGUUGUUGAAAGAUGAAUUCUACAUUGGGCUCAGACAAAGGAGGGCAACUGGGAAGGAAUAUUAUGACCUUCUUCAUGAAUUCAUGACUGCUGUCAAGCAGAACUAUGGUGAAAAAGUACUCAUACAGUUUGAAGAUUUUGCAAACCACAAUGCUUUUGAGCUGCUAGCGAAAUAUAGUACUACUCAUCUUGUCUUCAAUGAUGAUAUACAGGGGACAGCAGCUGUGGUUCUUGCAGGGCUUGUUGCGGCACUGAAGUUACUUGGUGGAUCCUUGGCCGAGCAGACAUUUUUAUUCCUUGGUGCUGGGGAAGCUGGAACUGGAAUAGCAGAACUUAUUGCUCUUGAGAUGUCAAAACAGAGCAAAGCUCCUUUGGAAGAGACCCGUAAGAAGAUCUUUCUUGUGGACUCAAAGGGAUUAAUUGUUAGUUCUCGCAAGGAUUCCCUUCAACACUUCAAGAAACCUUGGGCUCAUGAACAUGAACCCGUCAAGGAUCUUUUAAAUGCUGUCAAGGCUAUCAAGCCGACAGUUCUAAUUGGAUCAUCUGGAGUAGGACAGACAUUUACAAAAGAGGUGAUUGAGGCCAUGGCCUCAUUCAAUGAGAAACCUGUCAUUUUGGCUCUUUCCAAUCCAACCUCGCAAUCCGAAUGCACAGCUGAAGAAGCUUACACCUGGAGUCAGGGCCGGGCAAUUUUUGCCAGCGGAAGUCCAUUUGACCCAGUGGAAUACAAGGGCAAAGUUUAUUUACCUGGCCAGGCAAACAAUGCAUACAUUUUUCCUGGAUUGGGUUUGGGUUUGGUCAUAUCUGGUGCAAUUCGUGUACACAAUGCAAUGCUUCUGGCAGCCUCGGAGGCUUUGGCUGGGCAAGUAUCAAAAGAGCAUUUUGAUAAGGGUUUGAUCUAUCCACCAUUCUCAAAUAUCAGAAAAAUCUCGGCACAUAUUGCUGCUAAUGUAGCUGCUAAAGCAUAUGAACUCGGUGUGGCAACACACCUCCCUCAACCUGAGAAUCUGGUGAAGUAUGCUGAAAGCUGCAUGUACACCCCCAAUUACAGAACCUACCGAUAAAUUUGUCAGUAAAAUCUACAGCUUGUAGUCAUAUAUGUACUUCGUUUCAAGUUCUGUUUAUCUUCUUGUUUGGUGUGCCUUUCCUUUUUCCUCAACUUUCCUGGUAAGUCAUGGUGUUGUAAGCUGUAGCUACGAGCAACCAUGAUUUUAAGAGUAUGGGUUGAUUCAGUUUGAAACCAGUUGGUUUCAGUGAAAUAACAAGCUGUGGAAAGUAUGGAGACGACCCUGAGACUGCCAUGUGAAGUAGUGUCCUGCCCUGAGGAUUUGCAGUGCAGUGCUUCAUUUCUUCAUUCCUAGGAUGUGUUGGUAAUUUGUGUGUAAUUGUAAUGCUAAUACUGUGUGUAAUGAAUCAAAGCCUGUGGUCUUUGGCCAUUAGGCUGCAAUGGUAUCUUCACCAUGGAUAUAUUUUCUCAGUUAGCAAA